GAGGCUGUGGAGUGUGACUGAUGUUUGCGGUGCAGCCAUUUGGGUCCCGCCCAGCGCUCCGAGUUGUAGUUUUCACGUUGUGCUCGGCUCUGCGCCCAGGACUGUUUUGUCCUGUUGUCGCAGCCGGACCCUAGUGGACGGGGCAUGGCUGGGAUGGAGAGUCCAAGCCUUGGUGACAGCGGAGAUGCCCUCUCGGACACCUCCCGUGAGAGCCUAUUGGUACCAGACAGACGUUGUGACUUCCGCAAGGAAGAUGUGGAACUGGAAAGAGUGAGAGAAGAAAACCAAAUGGUGAUUAAAAAGAGAAGUGAGUGCGACCCCCUUCUACAGGAACCUGGUGCCUCUCAGUUUGGUUGUAGUGCAGUGACAGAAUGUCAUAGGCCUGUCCCAUGUGGAUGGAAAAGAGUUGUGAAGCAAAGAUUAUCUGGGAAAACAGCAGGAAGAUUUGAUGUGUACUUUAUCAGCCCACAAGGAUUGAAGUUCAGAUCCAAACGUUCACUUGCUAAUUACCUUCACAAAAAUGGAGACAUUUCUCUUAAGCCAGAAGACUUUGAUUUCAUCGUGGUGUCCAAAGCGGGCAUCAAGUCAGGAGGUAAAGACUGCAGCCUGACAGCUCUGACUUCCCAACUGCAAAAUGAAAGCAACAUCUCAAUCCGGAACCUCAGGACACGAAGCAGGUGGAAAAAAAAUAGUAGUUCAGAGUUGCAAGACAGCAGAGGACCGUCUAACUCUGUUAAUUUGCAGUUGGAAGAAGAUAAGGAUGUUAGCCCCAAGAAGAUUCAAAAGUCCAAAAAAGCCAUGUCUGUUUUGAAAGAAACUCAAACUAAGAAAACCAAACAAAGGUUCAGGAAGAAUCGUCCAGGUUCUGGACAAAGUAAGGGAAAAGGAGACUCCAUGUGUGAUACAGCAGCUGUUGAAAGUGAGCCUGCCCCACGACAAAGUCAGUGUGAUGGAACUGUCUGCAUCGCUGAUGCCAGAGCAAGCAACCAGACCCUCAGUGUGACCUGUAGAAGAAAGGGCCUUCUGAUGGAAAAAUCAUUGAAUUCAGUAUCAGAUUUUCAUUUUGAGCCAGUAGCUUCUUGCACCACUGACAAAUCAUGUUCAACUGAAGUAACAGAUCAUGCAAAGUGUGAUACCUUUUUGGAACCAGAGGAAAUCAGAACAGAAGUAGAAGAUGGAGAAAGGAAAGAGCAUUUGCAUAUCAGCAUUUUAGAACGUGGCUCUCAAAUGCCCGACUGCUCACAAGCAAAGAAAGACUUUGCUUCUGAGACAGCAUUUCAAGAAGACACCAUCUCACGAACACAAGUAGAAAGAAGAAAAACAAGUCUGUAUUUUUCCAGCAAGUAUAACAAAGAAGCUCUUAGCCCCCCACGACGCAAAGCCUUUAAGAAAUGGACACCUCCUCGGUCCCCAUUUAAUCUUGUUCAAGAAACACUUUUCCAUGAUCCAUGGAAGCUUCUCAUUGCAACUAUAUUUCUCAAUCGGACCUCAGGCAAGAUGGCAAUACCUGUACUUUGGGAGUUUCUAGAGAAGUACCCUUCAGCUGAGGUAGCACGAACUGCAGACUGGAGAGACGUGUCAGAACUUCUUAAACCUCUUGGUCUCUAUGAUCUCCGAGCAAAAACCAUUAUCAAGUUCUCAGAUGAGUAUCUUACAAAACAGUGGAAGUACCCAAUUGAGCUUCAUGGGAUUGGAAAAUAUGGCAACGACUCUUACCGGAUUUUUUGCGUCAAUGAGUGGAAACAGGUGCACCCUGAAGACCACAAGUUAAAUAAGUAUCAUGACUGGCUUUGGGAAAAUCAUGAAAAAUUAAGUCUGUCUUAAAGCCCUUUGAAGUUUUGAAACUCAUCAUUGUUGCAUUGCUUUGUGCUUCAAUUUUUAAUAGCUCCAUAGUAUAUAAUAAGUCACUUUUCCAGGCAUAUAGAUUUUAAUUGUGUAUUGGAAGCCAAGUGUAUAUUUUGAGGGGGGCAUGGGUUUAUUUGUUUUUAACAGUACAUCAUGCUGUAGCCCAGACCUAGAACCAGUUGUGGCACAGGCUGGCCUCAAACUUGUAAUGGUUCUCCUACCUCGGCCUCCAGAGUGCUGAGAUUAUAGAUAUAAGCCACUAUGCCCAGCAACCAACAUAUGUAUUUUUUCCUUUUUGUGUGUGCUGUGUUUGUAUGUAAGUGUAUGCAUAGGUGUGUGUCGAUGCAUAUGGCCCAAUGCACAUGUGUGCAGAGGCCAAAGGAGAAUAUCACAGGUCCUACUCUAUUGCUCUUCUGCAGUUUCCUUGAGACAAAGUCUCUCACUGGAUCCGGAGCUACUGGUGACCCCUACAUCCCAUACCCCGUCCCCAUGAGACUGCUGACCAGGGAGCCCCAAUGAUUCUUCUGUCUCCACCCCCUAUAGGACUGGGUUUACAGGAAUGUGUGGCCAUGCCCAGCAUUUUACAUGGAUGCUACAGAUCAAACUCAGGCCCUCUCCUACCAUCUUUGGCCCUCGUCCUUGCACAGCGAGCACUUACCCAUUCAUCCGUCUCUCCAGUCCCCAGUAUGUCAGUAUGCAAUUUCUUAAGGACUCUGCUUCUGGUAGAUCUUGGUUGCUGAAUGUUGUAGAAAUAUUUUGACAUUUUUAAAAAAAUGAUAAUAGUCCUAAAAGUGUACACAAUUUUCCAAUAAUGAAAUUUGAUAUGGAGAUGAAAAAUGAUUUUAUAAACUGUCCAGUACUACAAAGCACAUUUCUAACACUCCUGCUAGAGGAAAGACUAAAUCUUCUAUUCUCUUUCUAUAGAAAAUAUUACUGUAUCUAAUUGCUGUGUGAAGAAUCAGUCAAAGACUUUGUCAUUGUUUUUAUUUUGUUUUAUUGAGGUAAAGUUUCAUUCUAGCCCAGACUGACCUGAUGCUCACUCUGUAGUCCCAGGCUCACCUUGAAUUCAUAGUGAUCCUCAGAGUGCUAGGAUUAAAGGUGUGUGCCACCACACCUAAUGAGUUUGUCAUUUUUUUAUUACAGGUACUGUAAUACCUUUACCUUUGAAAGAAAUCACUGAACAAAAAAUUCUAAAUUAAGCUGGGCAGGGUGGUACACACAUGUCAUCCCAGCACUCGGGAGACUGAAGCAGCAGAAUUGUGAGUUUAAGGCCAACCUAGACUAUACAGUGAGGCCCUGUCUCAAAAAAAAAAAUCCAUAAUUAUUGUCUUAAAUACAAAACACCCUUUUACAUUUAAAAAAAAUUAAUUUACUUGAGAGCAACACAGAGAGAAAGAGGCAGAUAGAGAGAAUGGGCACACCAGGGCCUCCAGCCACUGCAAACAAACUCCAGACACG